GAAUCUUAUUGUGAUGUCACUAUUGCCUGCGAUGGAAAGUUCUACCCUGUUCACAAGCUGGUUUUAUCAACGUGCAGUGAAUAUUUCGAACAGAUGUUCGAAAGGACAAACUGCAAACACCCUGUUAUAGUGCUUAAAGACAUUAGACAUGAGGAAUUAGAGGCUCUUCUAAAUUACAUGUAUGUAGGUGAAGUAAAUGUCCUUCAGAAUGAAUUGGCUGGCCUAAUAAAGGCAGCAGAAUGCCUAAUGAUAAAAGGCCUUGCGGUACCUGAUGAAGCUCCUAAAGAGUAUAAAGAAAAAAGAAGUUCGUGUGUCAGAGAAGAUAGUCCCAUAGCAAAGAGAAGAAAGAGAGAUGAGGAACCAAGACCGUUACCCUCUCAAAACCUACAUAGAGAAAGCAGAGAGCCUAACACAGUUAGCUCAAAUCAAUCCCAAAGACAAUUAACGAGUGCCUCUAUACCAACUCCUUCCCCUGCUGCAUCCAGAACUACUGCCGUACCCAUCUCUCCUUCUCCGUCUGUUGGAAGUGCCUCUGAAUCCAUGUCAGAGGAUUGUAGUCAAGGCCAUAGUGAAGGCAAUGAACCUCCAAUCUUCCAAUCAAGGAUACAAAGCAUAGGGGCAUGA